CGUCACCUUCAACAUGCCACGGAUACCAACGUCGCUCACCCGUAAGGCACGCGCAAUCGAUCCCUACCUGCCUGCUCUUCUUGGACCUUGUCGCGAGCUGCAAGCCGCCCAGAACGAGUUGCGAUGGCUCCGCGAACACGUCGAGAAAGUCGCGAAAGCGCGUCGCACCAAAGGAGACACAAUAGCUAAGGCUUCCUUACUGCAACAAUUGGUUAAAGAUAGAGCCGCCGGGAAGCCAUUGCAGUAUCUGCUAGGCACAGAGUACUUUGGCGACUUGGAGAUACGAUGUAGACCUGGUGUCUUAAUCCCGAGAGCAGAUACAGCCGCUUCAAUCACACAUCUGGCCAGUCUCCUACGACAUGCGAAAGAACUCCCCUCCGAAGUACGCGUACUCGACCUCUGCACGGGCACCGGCUGCAUACCCCUCCUCUUCCACCACGAAAUGUCCUCCGCCCCAAACAAAAUAGACCUGCGUCUUCUUGGUGUCGACAUCUCCAAUAAGGCCCUUGAUCUUGCGAGAUACAACCUCCAGAAACUACGCAAGACGCGACAACUCCAAGACACUGGGAAAUUGGACUUCAUACAAGCGGACGUCUUGAUCAAUCCCUUUGACGAACAGACUGAAGGCGUCUUGUCGCUGACGGCUGCGCUCAAUUGGGCAGGACAACCAUCCUUCUGGGACAUUCUCAUUUCAAAUCCACCGUACAUCUCGCCAGCUGCCUUUUGGCACACAACAACGCGCUCGGUACGCGGUUUCGAGCCAAAGCUUGCGCUGGUGCCUCCGGAGAGGAUCAAGCAGACAGACAAAGAGCAAGGCGAUCGCUUCUAUCCGCGCCUGCUCCAGAUCGCCAGAGACGUAGAAGCCAAAGUCGUCCUAUUCGAGGUCGCAGAUAUGGAGCAAGCGCUUCGCGUAGCGCAACGCGCACGAAACCUAGACAUAUUCGAUGGCGUUGAGAUAUGGCGGGAACAGCCCGAUGCGACUGGAGACAAUGCGACCGAAGAUGGGUUCGAAGUUGUUGGACAAGGCAAUGCCCGAUCCGUCCUCUGCUGGCGCGGCCGUGGGACGUCCUGGCUCGGCAAACUUGCGCCGCCAUCUUCACCACGCGACGAUGCGGAUCGUCUCUUUCGAAGCGCACACACCAAUACGAAAGAUGCAGAGGAAAGAGUUGUAGAGGUUACUGAGAAGCAGCGAUUGGAUCCGCAGUUUGACAUGAGCUACUUCACUGAUACCAAGUACACUGAGUUUCCUCUCCGACGACAGCCUAAUUGUCGGAUGCCUGACGAUGAUGAAUUACGGAAAGGGAAGAGAUGAAGGGGUUGCUUUCUAAUGCAGAAGAAUCGCGCCUCCGUUUAAGAUGAAAAAAAGCACAGACAGGGGAGUUACAAGCAGUUGCCCUGCGUCUCUACUUCGGGAAGCAUAGAGAUCGAUGCGGUGCAUGUGAAUACUCAGCUCGACCAGCCCUAUGAUGCGGAAAACCCAACUCUUUUCUAGGUGUCCAUCUCGCUUGCCCUUUGGUCACCUAAGAGACUACCGUCCGCCGCUAUACCAUCGUAAUCCUCUCGCCUGCGUCUGGCUCUCGUCUACGUCCGUCUGGGAAGCAAUAAGCUACGACGUAUGCGGCAAAGGAAGUACAAGUUGGUAUCGCUGUCACUAGGCCGCCUUGCAACGACGACUUCUGGGCCAUCGCAACAAGACCCAUGCAAGUACUGGCUAUGGCGAUCGUUACAAGAAUAUAUAAACGAUGAUUUGACACCCGUUG